AUUCAGAGCCUUAGUGCUCAGUUUGCUUAUCAAAGCUCUAACAUGGAGGUUCAAAAGGCAGGUCUUUUAUUUUGUCUUUUUCUCUUCUCUGUUUUUGUUUCGGACUGCACUGAAGCUGCAGAUGAGUGUAUGCACUGCACCGGAAAAGACUACAGAGGCAAGGUCUCCAUUACUAUAGGUGGAUAUACUUGCCAACGCUGGGACUCUCAGACACCACACAGCCAUGAUUACGUCCUUUCAAUUUUACCUGAGAAACAUUUGGAGAAGAACUAUUGCAGAAACCCCGACGGAAAAUACAGGCCUUGGUGUUAUACAACAGAUCCGAUCAAACGCUGGGACUACUGCUUUAUUCCUCGAUGCUCAACUGAACCGCCAACAAUUGUACCAGAGCUCACCUGUACUACUGGAGAUGGAAGCUUCUACAGGGGCGAUAUUUCUACGACCAAAACAGGAAAACCUUGCCAGAAAUGGACAUCUGAAUAUCCUCACCGUCAUGACGACACUCCAGAGAAAUACCCAUGCAAAGGUCUUGAGGAGAACUACUGCAGGAACCCUGAUGGUAAAAUAGCACCCUGGUGUUACACCAAAGACCUUGAAACCGAGUGGGAAUACUGUCAUGUGCCCGGUUGUGUAGAUGAACCUGAACCUAGACCUGUUCUUCCUGAUCUAGAAGACUGUAUUCACUGCAAUGGAGAAGACUACAGAGGCAAGCGCUCCAUCACUGAGAGUGGACACACCUGCCAACGCUGGGACUCUGAGAAACCCCACAAACAUUAUUACGACCCUGCAAAUUUACCAGAGAAGCACUUGGAGGAGAAUUAUUGCAGAAACCCUGAUGGACAGUCCAGGCCCUGGUGCUAUACCACAAAUCCAUCCAUACGCUGGGAAUUCUGCUCUAUUCCUCGAUGCAAGACUGGACCACCUGCAUUUGUACCAAAGCACACCUGUGCUACUGGAGAUGGAAGCUCCUACAGGGGGAUCAUUUCUGUGACCGAAUCAGGGAAAACGUGCCAGAGCUGGGAAUCUCAAACACCUCACGUGCAUUUCACGACUCCAGAAGACUUUCCAUGCAAAGGUCUUCGAGGAAACUACUGCAGGAACCCAGAUGGUAAAAAAGACCCCUGGUGUCACACCACAGACCCGGAAACCCCUUGGGAAUUUUGUAAUGUGCCCAGAUGUGAGGAUCAACCCAAACCUGUUCUGUACUGAAAUCAUUAAGUAGUUCAAAAUUGUUACAUAACAUCAGACUCUUGUACAAAUUCAUGCUUUUUUAAAGUAUGAGAAAGUGUUUAUUUGGAAUUUUCAUUAGCUUAAUCUCCAAAUUUAUAAUUGAGGAACUCAAAUGCAAAAGCCCCUAAACACCACCUCUGUUAAAAAUUGAAUGAUAUUAACCAACAUGCUUUUGACACCUAUAUUUUAUUCCAUAAAAUCUACUUAAUCCCACCCUCAGGUCAUUGAAAAAAAAGACAAAAUUGACUUAAUGCAUCAAAUAUAAAUAUACUGAUGUGAUUGGACCUUUGUGUGACUAAAGAAAUCCUGAACAGUGAUAAAAAUGCUUACAGUAGGUUGUCUUAACAAAUUUAACAUCAUUGGCAUUGAAAUGCUUAUUGUCUUUAAAAUUGGCCUAUCAGAUAUUUUUGCUGUGCGAGUUCAACCCGUAAUGUAUUUUGCAUGUUUUGCAAUCACACUUUUGAUUAGAAUCUUUUAUGUUUAUAUCAUUUUAAGUUAUAGUAAUAUCUCACAUUUCCUGAUUUAAAUUUGUAUUAGUCUCUCUUCUUUAAAUAAAGUUUGACCCUCAUUCUUCUAGUAGUGACAUCGUGGGAUAUUGGCUAUGCUGAUGCCAUGAAACCUGGAGUGUACAUCUGUUUAACUUUGUAUUCUUGACUGAAUAAAAGAAAACUGAUAAUU